AUGCUGGAAGAUUCGGUACAAGACAACUUAAUAAAAUUGGCAGUCGUGAAUGACAAAUGCAGUGAAACCGUGACGAUUGCACCUCAACUGGGGAGUGACAUUAUAGCACACAGUUCACUCCCACUACCAAAGGUAACAAUUCCUCAAUUCAAUGGGGAUUGUUUGAAGUGGCGUCAGUUCUAUGAAAUUUUCUUGGAGAUGGUAGACAAACAGUAUCUUCCAAGUGUUCAAAAAAUGUGGUAUCUCAAAACCAAUUUAUCUGGCGAGGCUGGCAAACUAAUCAGCCAUCUAUCCUUGAAAGAGGAUAAUUACAAAACGGCAUGGAUGUUGCUGCAAGAACGUUAUAACAAUAAACGGGUUCUCGUUUCCACUCUAGUAGAACGGAUUCUGAGUCAACCAAAUGGAACCUCAUCAACGGCUUCCAUCAAGGUUCUGCAUGACACUACAAAGGAAUGCAUGCUAGCCCUCAACAAUCUUCAAAUCGACACUACGUCUUGGGAUGCUCUAUUGUGUAAUGUUCAAAUCCAGUUCAAAACCACUUACUGA